UCGUAUUUGAAAACCCAGGGGGGGUGUGUGUGUGUGGGAAUCAUAUUGUAAAGGGAUAGAAGUGCGUGGUCAUGUCGUCAUCUUCUUUGCAUUUCUUUACCUGCUCAAUUCCCAAUGUGAGAAAGAGAGAGCAGGGUUGGUCUGGUAAAACUUGGGAGUGAGUGAGUGUCUGAAUGAAAGAAAGAGAUAAACCAGAGAGAGAAAGAGAUGGAAUAAUAAUAUAUUUUAUAUAUCAAACACCCUCUUGUUGUACUUAAUUCCUCAAAUCAAAUGUGGCUGAUUUAUGCUUCAUGGAUCCGUUCUUUCCGCUUCUUCAACAGCAUCCUAUAAGUCUUUCGGCUUUUCUUCUUCAAAAAUAAACUCUCUCCAUCUCUUUCAUAUCUAAGAGACUUAACUUCUUCUGCUGCGUUUACUUUCUGUCAUUGUCACUGUUGAUUUUCUCGUUGCUACAGCCUUUCUUUCUUUUUCUUGAAUCUCGUCUCCACAGAAAGCUAUUGAGAAGAGUAGAUUUUAUACUUCUAGAGAUGGGCAAGGAAUGGUAUUGGUUUGCUGGCAAAUCCUCCAAGAGAGGAAGUGGAGGAGGACUAGAUAAAGACAGUGCAACCACUCUUUCUGGUUGUAUGUGCUCUGUCUUUCAGAUAUUUGAUUUCCAUCAGUUCCAGUUUCCUUCGCACCAGCAGCAGCCUUCAUUAAAGCCCGACUCUUUCCUUCCUCAGCCUGAGCCUGAGGCUGAGAUCUCUAUCUCCAAAGGUGCCGAAGCACCAAGGAAUAGCUUGGAAUUAGACGAGCCUUCAUCGCCAACUACUGUUACAGAAGAAGAAAGUUUAGAUAUCCCAAUGGGUAUUCAAAUUAAAACAAAUAUUGGAGAUGCAAGUUCAAAAGUACAAGGAGCUCCAAAUGAUUCUUCUUCCUCAGAAAUCAGCUCUUCCCCAAGUACCAAGACCCCAAACUUGGUUGCUAGACUCAUGGGUCUUGAUCUUCUUCCUGAUCAAAGCUACUCUCCAACCUCUUCUUCGUCAACUCUUGGGCCACCAAAUCCUCUAGGGAAGUCUCAUUUACAGCACCAUUGUCGACGUCGGCAGUUUCUCCAAAGCAAAACAAGUAGCCACAGAAGUGGUUUGGACAGUGAUUUUUCAGGCACGCGUUCUUUGCCGGAGACUCCGAGAAUAUCAUCAGCUAGAAGAUCAGAUGUGGAACACCGCUUGUCGCUUCAGAUCAACAAAGAGAGCCUGAGCUCUAAUGAAGAACUGGUUCUCUCUCGUAUCUCAUCGUUGAAACGCAAAGAGCUCAAAACUGAAGAAGAAAAUAGAAGUCCAGGCCAUUAUGCCAGGGAGAUUGUGAAGCAGGUCAAAGAACGCGUUAGCAGGAAAGUUGGAUUGGACAUUACAAACACGGUAAAAAACAGAGAUCAAGCAAGCAGAGAUGAGCUUAUUAGCCAAUUGAAGUCGAAGAAGGUGAGCAAGGUUCUAACUAAAGUCGCUAAUGAUUCAAGUCCAGGCAAGCAAACAGCUUCUUGCUCACCUAGACUCAAAUUCUUGGAACCCAGGACAAUUUCCAGUGUACCAUCCACCAAGGACCACUGUAUUUCUCAAUCUCUAAAAUCAUCAAUUUCAGCACAUUCACCGGUCAAUAUCAUGCCACAAAAGACCAAAGCUCCAACAAAGCCUAAGUUGCAGCUGGUGCAAGAGCAAGAGUACCACCAGCAGCAGCAACAGAGACCUGUCAAGAAGUGCAAAAAAGUGGCUGAAGAGAGGUUUGGUCCACCACCUAGACUCAAGAAACCUCCGCAAACUUCGGAUAUUAUCCGAAACAAGCAGGAAGAACCAUUUGUGAGUCCAGCAAUAGCAACCAGAGCAAACAUUCCUGACAAGAAAUGCAAGAAAACCCCAUUAUCAAAUGACCUACUUAACAUUACGGUCCCUACCCUCCUUCCAGUCAAGAAAGAUCCUACUCCUCCAGCCACAAAGAUUCCUCAAAAAACGGUGCCAAAUGCUCAAGAAUCGAAACGUAGCUCACAGUUAUCUAGUUGUUCGAGCCAGUCGUACAAACAACAAGAAGCGCUCAACGCCCGAGGCAGCAACAAGAGCAACAAUGAGGACAAGUCUAACGGUGCUGCCACCACCACCAUCACCGGAGAUGGAGCAGCGGCAGAAUAUGAGUACAUCACUCGAAUAAUAAGACGUACAGGCAUAGACAAGGAUACCCCAGUGUCGUUUAGUAGGUGGUUCUCUCCAUCCCAUCCUUUAGACCCUUCAAUUUUUUACUAUCUUGAGCAUUUCACCACCAUUUCCCCUGCCUCCACCAGCAAUGGAAACUAUGCUUAUGGUCAACUCAGCCAUAGGUGUAAUAGAAAGUUACUGUUUCAAGCAGUGGAUGAAAUGUUGGUCGAGAUUUUGAAGCCUUACAUGAACAUGAAACCAUGGGCUAGCACAUCAGUCAGUACAUGUGAUUUUAUUGCCGGUAAAAAAGACGUGCAAGGCUCACAUUUAAUUGACAUGUUAUGUUCGAAAGUUAGAAGCUUCCCCUGCGCUGACUGUCGCGUUCUUGAAGACAUUGAUGCUUUAGUAGACACAGACAUGCCACAAUUGAAGCUCCAGAGCGAGGUGGCGUUUGGCGAAGAAGGAGAAGGGAUUGUGUCGGAGGUUGAGAAGGAUUUGCUGGACGCACUAAUACAUGAAAUGGCUGUGAUUCUUCAUGGUGAUAGGGUGCAAUAGUAGUGAAACGGCAAGGCGUUUUGUGAUAGAUAGAGUAUAGUAAAAAGAGCGACAGGGAGCAGAAUGGUCACAUGGGGUCAUUCACGUGAUGAGAUGCUAUUCGUUGGGGUUGGUUGUGGACCCCGAGAUUGGGACUUGUAAAGAGGUUUGAGGUCCACACGUGGAGAGAGCUACCCUCGGCCGACAACUCUCACUUACGGAUUGGUUCUCAAAAGACCACAAUUGGCAGAGGAAUCCUUUCCCCCCCUCUCUUUCCCUGUUGUAUAUUAUACAGUAUUUUAAAUUUUCAUUUCAAUCUUAAAGAGGUUUAAUUAGGAAAAUAACAGGGUUUUCCUAGUAAAGGCCAAAUAUAAUAAUGUAUUAGUUGUAAUUACUGUUAUUGUUGUGGGUUUUAUCUUAUGGAACAUGGACCACGAUCUGAAUUA